CGGUCAAAUUAUGCGUGUAAGUGUAAAGGUUAUGUAAGCGUUUUUGUGAUGGUUCGUUAGACCAAAAUUUUAAUUCUGCAUAAAUGGUAUCAAAUUUUAUUAAAAGUAUCAUAAUAGGUUUACCAAUCGGUGUGACGUUUCUCGAUCUAAUCGGCUAUGUAGCUCGCGUCGAUGGCAUCUCGAUGCAACCAGUUUUAAAUCCGGACAAGUCGCAGACCGAUUAUGUGUUUUUAAAUCGUUGGGCAGUGCGCUCCUUGGACAUCAAGCGUGGAGAAAUAAUCUCGUUAAUCUCACCGAAGGAUCCAGAUCAAACUAUAAUCAAACGAGUCGUCGGUAUUCCAGGAGACAUAAUUUCCACCAUUGGCUAUAAAAGGGAGGUGGUGAGGAUACCGGAGGGACACUGCUGGGUGGAGGGCGAUCACACCGGUCAUUCCGUCGACUCGAACCACUUCGGCCCGGUUUCCCUCGGUCUGAUAACUGCGAAGGCCUCGUGCAUCGUCUGGCCCCCUUCGCGUUGGCAGUACAUCCGAUCGUUUCUACCCGAAUCGCGCGUCCCUCUCAACGUAAUUUCGCAAGUGAUGGCGUCCGUAUAACGACCGCUUUCCGCUUAGUCUCAAUU